GUCCGCCUGUGGGCAGUGGCUGCCGUGCAGGAGCUGAGGCUCAAAGGUCCCAAUGCCAGCUCCAGCUCGGUCCUGCUGGAACACGAGAUCACCCUCGACGGGACAAUAGUCAGUGUGGCCUUUGAUGACUCUCUGGACAUGGGAAUUGUGGGCACCACGGCAGGAACCCUCUGGUACAUCAACUGGACGGAGAGCACAAGCAUCCGACUAAUCAGCGGUCACAAGAACAAGGUGACCGAAGUGUGCUUCAGUCCUGACGAGACUCACUGCGUAACGUGCGGGGAAGACGGCAGCGUGAGGAUUUGGUCUCUGGGCAGCAUGGAGCUGGUGGUACAGUUCCAGGUGCUCAACCAGAGCUGCCAGUGCCUGGCCUGGAAACCUCGUCCUGUCGUUGCGUGGGGAGCCGAGAGCCAGCACGUAGUGGCAGGGUACAGUGAUGGCACCAUGCGCGUAUUCAGCGUUUCCAGGACAGAGAUGGAGCUGAAAAUGCACCCCCAUGCCGUGGCACUGACAGCAAUUGCCUACUCCACAGACGGAGAAAUGAUCCUAUCGGGGGGCAAGGACGGGCUCGUGGCUGUGAGCAGCCCUCGCACCGGGAUGACCAUCCGUGUCCUUGCUGACCACAAAGGCUCCCCCAUCACUGUCCUCCAGUGCACCAGGAAGCAGUACCGUGACUUUGGGGUGGAAGGAGGCGAGCUCUGGCUGGCCACCAGCUCAGACCGGCGGGUCAGCGUCUGGGCCUCCGACUGGCUGAAGGAUAAGUGCGAGCUCCUCGACUGGCUCAGCUUCCCGGCUCCUGCCGGCCCCGAGGGGAGUGAUCUCGGCAGCCUCCCACCCAGCCUGGCCGCGUUCUGCCCUUGGGAACCUGGUACCCUGGUCUACGUUGGCUUUGGGAUGCAGAAGGAAGCUUUAUUUUAUAAUCUGCGUAAGAAACAGGUAGUUGAGAAGAUCUCCUUGCCGUACUUUGCCACAUCGCUCAGCCUGUCUCCUGCAGCACGCUUCGUGGCCAUUGGCUUCGAUG